AUGUGUAAAAACAACAUUUUUCUUGUUUUCGAUGAAUGUAUAACUCAUUUUAUACAUCGAAAACCACAGCAAAGCUCAAUCGACCGUAUCAAUCAAUUUCAAAUCAAGAUCGCCAUGCAUCGGUCGAAUGUGACUCGUCGCAUGUCUAAUACUCUUCUAGUCAUUGAAUACCCUUGGGCAAAGACUAAAGAGGAUGUGGCCGCGUUCUAUACUGUUGAUGAGGCAAAAGGUCUCUCCGACGAACGUGUCAAACGCGAUCUAGAACGAUACGGACCAAAUGAAUUACCAGCGGAAGAGGGAAAACCACUAUGGAAACUUAUCUUAGAACAAUUCGACGAUCUUCUAGUCAAAAUUUUACUUGCCGCUGCUUGCAUUUCAUUUGUCAGUUCAAAUCUGAUCAGAUUCGUCNCGAACACGAUCAUUCGCCAGAAGUAUCGCAAAGAAUUCACGCUCGAGUUUUCUCGUGAUCGUAAGUCAAUGUCCGUGUUUGUGACAAAUGCGUCGAAAGGUGGUGAUAGUGGAGCAUCAGGAUCCUCGGGGAAAAUGUUUGUGAAAGGUGCACCUGAGUCGGUGAUUGAUCGAUGUACUCAUAUUCGAUGUGGAACGCAAACAGUGCCUAUGACUCCACGACUCAAGCAAGAAGCCAUGAAACUAGUUCAUCAAUACGGAACAGGUGGUGAUACUCUUCGAUGCUUGGCACUUGGUACCAUUGAUAAACCCAUGCGAAAACAAGAUAUGGAUUUGGAUGAUUCAAGAAAAUUCAUUACCUAUGAAGCGAACAUCACAUUCGUUGGUGUUGUGGGUAUGCUUGAUCCACCACGUUCAGAAGUCAUUGACGCCAUUGCCCGUUGCCGUGAUGCUGGCAUUCGCGUUAUCAUGAUUACAGGUGAUAACAAAAAUACCGCUGAAGCUAUCUGUCGCCGAAUCGGUAUCUUUCAAGAAGGACAGAAUACACGAGGCAAAGCAUUCAGCGGUCGGGAAUUUGAUGACCUAUCGACAGAAGAUCAAUCAGAGGCAUGUCGUCAUGCAAAAAUGUUCGCUCGUGUCGAUCCUGCACACAAAUCUAAAAUCGUCGAAUAUCUACAGUCACAUGGUGAAAUCACAGCUAUGACCGGCGACGGUGUCAAUGAUGCACCAGCAUUGAAAAAAGCCGAGAUCGGUAUUGCCAUGGGCUCGGGCACUGCUGUCGCUAAAACAGCUUCCGAGAUGGUCCUGGCCGAUGACAACUUCUCAUCGAUCGUCGCUGCCGUAGAAGAAGGUCGAGCUAUCUACAACAACAUGAAACAGUUUAUUCGUUAUUUGAUCUCAUCAAACAUUGGCGAGGUUGUGUGUAUCUUUUUGACUGCUGCACUUGGCUUGCCUGAAUCGCUGAUUCCCGUACAACUUCUGUGGGUGAACUUGGUGACAGAUGGUUUGCCAGCAACAGCCCUUGGUUUCAAUCCACCUGAUCUAGAUAUAAUGGAACGUCCGCCACGUAAUCCAAAAGAGUCACUGAUCACACCAUGGUUAUUCUUUCGUUACAUGGCUGUCGGAACAUACGUCGGUUUUUCUGUGGUCUGCAGUGCGACGUGGUGGUCAAUGGACGCAGCCAAUGGCCCUAAACUUUCUUAUUGGCACUUGGAGCUGGCACAGUGGGUGCCUCCUGCUGGUAAGAUCUUCCAUCCCUUGAGUGUAGUGCAUGAUUUGUACACAUUCUUCUUACUUGAUUUCAGGUGGUACGUGUCGUAUCACGAUGGACCACUGUUGUCAUGGACGCAGCUGACACAUCAUUUCAAAUGUCGCGGUGGUGGUAAAGAAUGGGAAGAUAUUGAUUGUGACGUUUUUGACGAUCCACAUCCCAUGACAAUGGCACUAUCAGUACUCGUCACAAUUGAAAUGUUAAACGCAUUGAACAGUUUAUCCGAAAAUCAAUCUCUUUUGAGAAUGCCGCCAUGGAUCAAUCAAUACCUUCUCUAUGCUAUCGCUUUAUCCAUGUCAUUACACAUGAUGAUUCUCUACGUUCCAAUGUUUAAUACCGUAUUUCAAAUCUGUCCUUUGACAUUGGAAGAAUGGUUUGCGGUGCUGAAAAUCUCUUUUCCUGUCAUCUUACUUGAUGAAACAUUGAAAUUCGUCGCUCGACGAUAUGUUGAUAAAACUGAAGAAGGUAGUGCACUGCAUGGCGCUUCAUAUUUGUUUGUGUUAUGGAGUGCUUACAUUGCUAUCAUCAUGUAUUCACCCAUCUUCCACACAUGGGAAGGUUUCACGCAUCAUCCUGUUGGCAAUAUGACAACAUAUACAUCUACUCAGCAUCGAAAUCUCGACUUGUGA